ACUGCGAGUGGAGGAGUUGGUGUUUUGCUACGGUCUAGGAGCAGAGGGGCGGGCCGGGAACAGCUAGGUGGGUCUGCGACACUCAAAAGAUGACGCGCAGAGAUUACCUACACAGUCCAGAAAACAUCUACCUCAGACAGCACGUCCCUUACAUCCUAUCAGAGCGUAACGCUAAGGGUAGCGGAGCGUCCGUAUUGAGACACGUGACUAUGUUCGCGGUGUUGGUGGCAGCAACAUGGAUGGUGUCAUGCUUUCGCCACGCCAAUACCAUCGACCUUUGGGCGGACGCCCGAAGUUACUUCCAUUAUGUACUAACGAAAGAGUGCUUUGGGGAGGACAUUGCGCUGCAGCAAGAGAAGGAGAUGAUGCAGCGCAGAAGGUACUGCAUGCAGCAGGCGCAGGGAAAAGACCCUUUGCAACUACUGACGCCACUCAACCAUAACAACGUACUUCAGAUCAACGUCGAUCCUGACAUCAACUACGACACCGUCAACCCACCACGGGUUAGGAGGGCACGUGUGAAGCAGCCCAAGAAUCCUGUCCUGGAAGUGAUUCUAUGUAACCUUCAACAAUCCAAACUGCUAACAGAUGACAACCAGCUGAACCUCACUACUUUGGAAGUCAAACUGCAAGAAAUGAAAAUAGAUCCUCAGCUGAAGCUUGAUCUACUCGAAUCAGCCACCUCAUGCAGGCCCACACCCUCACCCCUUGUCUCCCAGCGUAAGGAGGGUUCCAGGUCAGCCCUUGUUAGUGCCGUGUUAGCAGUGUCCCGGUACCAAAGGUGCUUUGCCUCAAAGAGUCUUUCCAUCUGUAAGGAGUUUACACUACGCCAAGUGAUAUCCAAACUGCAGUCGCAGUAAUGUUGAAGUACCAGAUGCCAUCAAAUAUCAUGCAGCUAUAAUUAAAAAAAAAUGUUUGCAUCAAUACUUAUCUAAUCAAAAGAAGCCAUUAUUUGAUACUUUUAUCAAUGUUUUACUGUUCAAAAUAAUGAAAGAACUACAUCAUUAGAUGCAGCUGUGUAGUAGUGUUAAUUAUGUUCCAACUCUGAGGCUUCAUCUAGCAGAUUGAGGGAGGUUGUGUAUUCUUCGGGACCAGCUGAGACCUUGUGAGUGUUUGCUGAAGCUCAGGUCAUGUGACCGUAUGAGUAAAGGGUACCAAGAUGGCACUAUUAAAUGGAAGAAUUACAGAAUCACGGCAGAUCCAGCAAAACUCAAAUCAAUCACGGUUUGCCUGCAAAAUACAAAAUGAACCUCAGAACGAACUUACGCAACUGAUCAAGGCUGGACAUGAACAAGAAUUGGGUAAAAAGAAUAAUAAAUUCAAUAUGAAAAUUGCAAUGUUGAAUAUAGCCUCCUUUAUAGGAAAAGAGGUACAGCUAAUUAAUACUAUGAAAAAAAGAAAUAUAUUCAUCUUAGGCCUAUGUGAAACAAAACUAGCAAAUAAAUAUACAGAUUCUC